AACCACCAACAUCUCAAUCCCGAACCCCCGAUUCCCGUGUGCCCCAAAACCGCCUUCACGCUCCCAAAUCAACGAUCCCUUAUUUCUGCUUCCGGUCUCCGCCUCCACCGACUCACCUGCAACCCCCCGAUCCGACCAUGGCGAGAACCCUCCUCCUUCUAGCCGUCCUGGCCGCGAUAGCCGCGGCGAGCGGCAGCGCGGCGGGCAUCGACGACGAUCUCGACCGCCUGAUUGUCGGCGGGUGGGAGCCGAUCCGGGACGUGAGCGAGCCGCACAUCCAGGAGCUGGGCAGCUGGGCGGUGGCGCAGCACGCGAGGCUGGCGACGGACCGGCUGCGGUUCCUCCGGGUGACCCGCGGCGAGGAGCAGGUGGUGGCCGGGAUGAACUACUGCCUCUUCGUCGACGCGCAGGACGCCGCAGGGAGGAGCGCGCCCUACGUCGCCGUCGUCUACGAGCAGUCCUGGACCAACACCCGCGAACUCACCUCCUUCGAGCCGGUGGCCAACUGAUCGAUCCGGGUCGGAACUUCUGGAGAGGAACUGCUAUACGAGGAUUCUGUUAAUCGUAGGUUGCAGCAAGCCUGCUGAGUGAAGUUUGAAAAGGUUUGUGGAGCGAACCAUCACCACAUCAAUUUAUAUUUCAAUUAGUACAAGCUCAACUAAGGAUAUAUUGAGAUUUGAGGAUCUAUGUCCUCCUAUGUAUGAAUGAAUUUUAUAGUUUACCAGGAGCUGUCUUUUGGUGCUC